CGGUGAUCUCGGAAAAGAAUUCGGUUCGACCCCCGAGAAGCCUGAAGACACUCCCCUCGAUGAGCUCGGUGCCGCUAUGCAGGCCACUUUCGAUGGCCAGCUUGGCAAGCAGUCCCAGUCUCUUAUCGCCCGAUUGAUCUCUUCCAAGAUGCCUGGUGGCUUCAACAUCACAGCUACUCGAAAAUAUCUUGAGAGCCGUUGGGGUCUCGCAUCUGGUCGACAGGACGGUGCUCUGUUGCUGGCUCUGACAAUGGAGCCCGCUGCUCGUCUGGGUUCUGAGGCUGACGCCAAGGCCUUCCUCGACAGCGUUACUCAGAAGUAUGCCACCAAUGCCGGUAUCAGCUUGACCACCACUUCCGCAGCCGGCCCUGCUGGUGGUGCUAGCGGCGGUAUGAUGAUGGACCCCGCGGCCAUCGACGCCCUGACCAAGGACCAGCGAGCUCUCUUCAAGCAGCAACUCGAGCUCCUUGCCAGAUACCUCAAGCUUGAUCUCCGCGAGGGCGACAAGGCUUUCAUCAACGCCCAGAAGUCUGAGAAGGUCCUUCAGGCCCAACUGGAUCUCUGGACAGCCGAGCACGGCGAAUUCUACGCCGCGGGUAUUGAGCCCGUCUUCAGCCCUCUGAAGGCUCGCACUUACGAUUCCUCCUGGAACUGGGCUCGUCAGGAUGCUCUCAGCAUGUACUUCGAUAUUAUCUUCGGUCGUCUUAAGGUCGUCGACCGAGAGAUUGUCAGCCAGUGCAUUCGCAUCAUGAACCGCUCAAAUCCCAAGCUCAUCGACUUCAUGCAAUACCACAUGGACAACUGCCCCACCGAGCGAGGCGAGACUUACAAGUUGGCCAAGAUGCUUGGAGAGCAGCUCAUUGAGAACUGCAAGGAGGUCCUCGACAUCGCCCCUGUCUACAAGGAUGUCGCCGUUCCCACCGGGCCUCGCACCACCGUCGACGCCCGCGGUAACCUCAACUACGAGGAAGUUCCUCGUGCCAGCUGCCGCAAGCUGGAGCACUACGUCCAGCAGUUGGCUGAGGGUGGCAAGAUCUCCGAAUACGGCAACCGCACCAAGGUUCAGAGCGACCUUCAGCGCAUCUACAAGCUCAUCAAACAGCAGCACAAGAUGUCCAAGACUUCCCAGAUUGAGAUCAAGACCCUCUACAGCGAGGUCCUCCGCUCCCUGGCUAUGAACGAGAACCAGAUCAUCCCCAAGGAUAACGGCAAGGCCCGCAAGUCCGGCCUCAAGGCCACCAGCCAGCACAAGGGCAAGGUCGAAACCAUCCCCUUCCUGCACCUAAAGAAGAAGUCCCUUCACGGCUGGGACUACAGCAAGAAGCUCACCGGCGUCUACCUCAACACUCUCGAGGACGCUGCCAAGUCUGGUGUCAGCUUCCAGGGCAAGAACGUCCUGAUGACUGGUGCCGGUGCCGGUUCCAUCGGUGCCGAGGUUCUCCAGGGCCUUGUGAGCGGUGGUGCCAAGGUCAUCGUCACCACCAGUCGCUUCUCGCGAGAGGUGACUGAGUACUACCAGGCCAUGUACACCCGCUAUGGCUCCCGUGGAUCUCAGAUCGUCGUUGUUCCCUUCAACCAGGGCAGCAAGCAGGACGUUGAGGCCCUCGUCGAGUACAUCUACGACACCAAGAACGGUCUUGGAUGGGACCUUGACUUCAUCGUUCCCUUCGCCGCCAUUUCUGAGAACGGACGUGAGAUCGACACCAUCGACUCCAAGUCUGAGCUUGCUCACCGCAUCAUGUUGACCAACUUGAUCCGUAUGCUGGGCUGCGUCAAGGCCCAGAAGGCCGAGCGCGGCUUCGAGACUCGUCCUGCUCAGGUUGUUCUACCCCUGUCUCCUAACCACGGUACCUUCGGUAACGACGGUCUCUACUCCGAGUCCAAGCUCGGUCUCGAGACCCUCUUUAACCGAUGGCACUCGGAGAGCUGGACCAACUACCUCACCAUCUGCGGUGCUGUCAUUGGCUGGACCCGAGGCACUGGUCUCAUGUCCGGUAACAACAUCGUCGCUGAGGGCGUUGAGGCCUUUGGCGUCCGCACCUUCUCUCAGCAGGAGAUGGCUUUCAACCUUCUCGGCCUUUUGUCGCCCGCUCUCGUCGACUUGUGCCAAUCGGAGCCUGUCUUCGCUGAUCUUAACGGCGGUCUUCAGUUCAUCCCCAACCUGAACGAGACCAUGACCAAGCUUCGCAAGGACAUCAUGGAGACCAGCGAGGUCCGCAGGGCUGUCAGCAAGGAGAACGCCAUUGAGAACACCAUCGUCAAUGGUGCUGCCUCUGAGGUUCUGUACAAGAAGAAGACCAUCGAUCCUCGUGCCAACAUCAAGUUUGAUUUCCCCAACCGACCUGACUGGAAGACAGAGAUUGCUCCUCACCAUGAGACCCUCAAGGGCAUGGUUGACCUCGAGAAGGUCGUUGUCGUCGCCGGUUUCGCCGAAGUCGGUCCCUGGGGUAACUCCCGCACUCGAUGGGAGAUGGAGGCCAAGGGUGAGUUCUCUCUCGAGGGCUGCGUUGAGAUGGCCUGGAUCAUGGGUCUCAUCAAGAACCACAACGGUCCUAUCAAGGGCAAGCCUUACGCUGGCUGGGUUGACGCCAAGACUGGCGAGCCCGUCGAUGACAAGGAUGUGAAGCAGAAGUACGAGAAGUACAUUCUCGAGCACUCCGGUAUUCGAUUGAUUGAGCCUGAGCUGUUCGACGGCUACGACCCCAACCAGAAGCAGCUGCUUCACGAGGUCGUCAUCGAGGAGGACCUCGAGCCUUUCGAGGCUUCCAAGGAGACGGCUGAGGAGUUCAAGCGCGAGCACGGGGAGAAGGUUGAGAUCUUCGAGAUCCCUGAGAGCGGCGAGUACAUCGUCCGCCUCAAGAAGGGCGCUGGCCUCUGGAUUCCCAAGGCUCUUCGCUUCGACCGUCUCGUUGCCGGUCAGAUCCCCACCGGCUGGGACCCCAAGCGCUAUGGUGUCCCCGAGGACAUCAUCUCCCAGGUCGACCCUGUUACCCUCUUCCUCCUUGUCUCAACUGCCGAGGCUCUUCUCUCCUGCGGUAUCACCGACCCCUACGAGUUCUACAAGUAUGUCCACGUCUCUGAGGUCGGCAACUGUGUCGGUUCCGGUAUGGGUGGUGCUGCUGCUCUCCGUGGCAUGCACAGGACUCGCUUCCUUGACCAGCCUCUCCAGAACGAUAUUCUGCAGGAGUCUUUCAUCAACACCAUGGCUGCCUGGGUCAACAUGCUUUUGAUGUCAUCCUCCGGUCCUAUCAAGACCCCUGUCGGUGCUUGUGCCACUGCUGUCGAGUCCGUCGACAUUGGUUACGAGACCAUCAUGGAGGGCAAGGCCCGAGUGUGCUUCGUCGGUGGCUUUGACGACUUCGGUGAGGAGGGUUCGUAUGAGUUCGCCAACAUGAAGGCCACCAGCAACACCGUCGAUGAGUUCGCUCACGGACGCACUCCCAAGGAGAUGUCGCGACCCACUACCACUACCCGAAACGGAUUCAUGGAGUCCCAGGGUUGCGGUCUCCAGGUCAUCAUGACUGCCAGACUUGCCCUUGAUAUGGGUGUCCCCAUCCACGGUAUUUUGGCUCUUACCACUACCGCCUCUGACAAGAUUGGCCGAUCCGUUCCGGCUCCUGGACAGGGUGUGCUUACGACCGCUCGCGAGCAUGCUAGCAAGUUCCCCAACCCUCUUCUUGAUAUCAGCUACCGUCGUCGCCAGAUCGAGCGUCGCAAGAAGCAGAUCAAGCAGUGGCAGGAGGCUGAACUCGAGUACGUUCAUGACGAGAUUGACGCCAUGAAGGCUCAGGGUGGUGCCUUCAACGAAACAGAGUACUCUCAGGAGCGCUUUGCUCACAUCCAAAAGGAGGCCGCUCGCCAGGAGAAGGAACUUCUCCGCAGCAUGGGCAACCACUUCUGGAAGAGCGACCCCAGCAUCGCUCCUCUCCGUGGUGCUCUCGCCACCUGGGGCCUUACCAUCGACGAUCUCGAUGUUGCCUCCUUCCAUGGAACCUCCACCAAGGCCAACGACAAGAACGAGUCCUCUGUCAUUUGCCAGCAGCUCCGCCACCUUGGUCGUACCAAGGGUAACGCCGUCCUGGGUGUCUUCCAGAAGUACCUCACUGGUCACCCCAAGGGUGCUGCCGGUGCUUGGAUGAUGAACGGAUGUCUCCAGGUGCUCAACACUGGUCUCGUCCCCGGUAACCGCAACGCCGACAACGUCGACCCCGUCAUGGAGCAGUACGACCUCAUCGUCUACCCCAGCCGAAGCAUUCAGACCGACGGCAUCAAGGCCUUCUCCGUCACCUCCUUCGGUUUCGGUCAGAAGGGUGCCCAAGCCAUUGGUAUCCACCCCAAGUACCUGUUCGCUACCCUUGACGAGGACACCUACGUCGACUACUGCGCCAGGGUUGAGGCCCGACAGAAGAAGGCCUACCGAUACUUCCACGACGGCCUCAUCAACAACAGGCUGUUCGUGGCCAAGACCGACCCUCCCUAUGCCGAGGACCAGCUCAGCAAGGUGCUGCUGAACCCCGACGCCCGCGUCUCUGAGGACAAGAAGACGUCCGAGCUCAAGUUCGGUGCCGACUUCAUGAAGCGGUCUGAGAAGACUGUCCCCAGCGUCAAGGCCAAGGAGACCCAGCAGGUCAUGGAGGCUCUUGCCCAGAAGGUAACCAACAAGAACAGCAAUGUUGGUGUCGAUGUCGAGGAUAUCUCGGCAGUCAACAUUCACAACGAGACCUUCGUCGAGCGCAACUUCACUGCCAAUGAGAUUGCGUACUGCCGACAGGCCCCCAGCCCUCAAAGCUCCUUCGCCGGUCGCUGGAGUGCCAAGGAGGCUGUGUUCAAAUCACUGGGUGUUGCAAGCAAGGGAGCUGGCGCCGCUCUGAAGGACAUUGAGAUCCUCAAGGGCGAGACUGGUGCUCCUACGGUUUCGCUCCACGGCGAUGCUGCAGCUGCUGCCAAGCAAGCUGGUGUGAAGGACAUCACCGUGUCCAUCUCACACUCUGACACCCAGGCGAUUGCUGUUGCUGUUGCCAGCUUUUAGACGCUAUGAUGGAUAAGAGAAUAUGUACAUGUUUUUGGACUGGGAUGAUAAAUGGCGUUUAGACCAUCUGCUUCGAUAUGUUGUCUUCACUCGAAACUUUGAGCACUGAAACAAUCGGUUGGGAGUGGACCUAGUAGAAUUCGUAUUACCAUAGCAUAGAUGAAUCAUACUUUUUGCAAGUCUUAA